AUAGCUCUCUUCCCCGAUGAUUCUCAAGUCUCGACCUCCGCUUGCCCAUCUCUGAAAUCUCAAAGCUCCAUUAAACCUUGAAAUCGAAGCAAAGAUGUCUGGGAAAGGCGCCAAAGGUUUGAUAAUGGGAAAAACGCCAGCCAACAAGGACAAGGACAAGGACAAGAAGAAGCCCGUUUCUCGUUCCUCUCGUGCUGGUCUUCAGUUUCCUGUUGGUAGAAUCCACCGUCUUCUGAAGACAAGGGUUUCAGCGAAUGGGAGAGUUGGGGCAACGGCUGCUGUAUACUCUGCUGCUAUCUUGGAGUACCUGACUGCAGAAGUUCUGGAGCUGGCUGGUAAUGCAAGCAAGGAUUUGAAGGUAAAGCGUAUUACACCCAGGCAUCUACAACUUGCUAUUCGUGGUGACGAAGAACUUGACACCCUGAUCAAAGGAACAAUAGCUGGUGGUGGUGUGAUUCCGCACAUCCACAAGUCUCUCAUCAACAAGUCCUCCAAGGAGUGAUAUUGUUAUUUGUUUUCUGUAUUGUUAACCUUGAGAGUGGAUUUAUGUGUACAUUUUGCUGAUAUCUUAUUGAUUGUUUAUGGUCCUUUUUUGGGCUGGCAAUAAGUAACUGCCCAUUUCCUGCGAUGAAGUUUCUUUUCCUAGUUGAAAAAAAGAUGGUAGACAUUGGGGUCGGAUAUGGUUGUGCUAAUUUAUCAAAACAAAUUGAUGUCCUGUCUGGAAGAUUGGUAUUUUGCAUUGCCUUUUUAAUGUAUUAGGCUUUUCCAUUGAA